UUCCAGCGGCCCCCGCUGCCAGCCGCCCCUGCCCCCGCCGGAUUCUGUGUGGAAGAAGGGGGCGAGAGGGCAGGAGCUCGCCCUCCACCCCACCUGCGCCCCUAUCUCUCCCAGCCCUCAGACGCCCUGGCCUGGUGUCCAGCCGGGGGCCUGGGCACACAGCCUACACCACAGCGCCUGGCAGCUGGUGACGCCAUGUCAGAGCUGACCGCCAGCCCCCCGUCGGAGUCGCUCCCCUCCCAGCCGAGCACCCCCACCAUGGAGGACCUGGAGCUGCUGCUGGCCAGCCCUGAGCCCUUGAGCCGGGGGGAGACGGAGCAGCGUGGGUCCAGCCGCCCACUGGUGUCCAGCGCCUCAGGACCCGAGCAGGACACCGCCAAGCGCUGGCAGCAGCUGGAGCGACAGGUGGCUGACCUGCAGGCCGAGGUGGCGCACCUGCGGGGUCACAAGGAGCGCUGUAAGCACGCCUCACUGAGCCUGCUGCACGAGCUGCUGCGGCUGCGCGACCUGGAGGGGCAGUGGGCGGCGCAGACCCCCGAGAAGGAGGCGCUGGAGCUCCACGGCCCCCAGAACCAGAUGCAGGCCCUGGACAGGAGGCUGGUGGAGGUCCGGGAAGCCCUGACAGAGGUCCGGAGGAGGCAGGCGCUGCAGGACGCCGAGCGGAAGGGCGCCGAGCAGGAGGCCCGUGUCAGGCUGGCCAGGCUGACGACCUUGCUGAGGCAGGAGGAGCAGGCCCGGGAGGCCGCCUGCAGCACCCUGCAGCAGGGCCAGGAGGACAGCAGCCAGAGAGUGGACCAGGAGGUGGCCAGGAUGCAGGCCCGGGUGACCGCGCUCUGCGAGGAGAUGAGUCUGCGCUUCCUGAAGAGGGAGGCCAAGCUCUGCGGCUUCCUGCACAGGAGCUUCCUGGCCCUGGAGCAGAGGAUGAAGGCCUCGGAGGGCGCCAGGCUGCAGGCCGAGGGCAGCCUGCGGCGGGAGCUGGACGGCCGCUGGCAGAAGCUGCAGGAGCAGAGCGAGGAGCGGGCGCAGGCGCAGCGUGAGCAGGAGGGCGGCCGCCUGCUGGCGCAGUGCCGGGGCCUGGACGCGGCCGUGGUCCAGCUCACCAAGUUCGUGCGGCAGAACCAGGUGUCUCUGAACCGUGUCCUCCUGGCUGAGCAGAAGGCCCGCGAUGCCAAGGUGUGCUUGGAGGAGAACCAGGCCGGGGAGUUGGCCUCCCACGUGCAGGAGAGCCUGCAGGCCGUGCAGCUGGCCGGGCAGCGGGCCCAGCAGGAGACGCAGGGCGCACUGGAGCUGCUCCAAGAGAAGAACCAAGCCCUGGAGCGGGCCGUGGCCGAGCUGGCCCUGCAGGUGAAAGACCUGGGUGACCACUGCCUGGCCCUGGGCUGGAGGCUGGACCUGCAGGAGCAGACGCUGGGGCUGAGGCUGUCGGCGGCGCAGACGGAAUGGGAGGGGGCUCAGAGGAAGUCCCUGCAGGACCUGGCCCUGUGGCAGCAGGAGGUGGCCGGGCAGCUGGGGGACCUGCGGGACAAAGUAGACGGCCUCCCCCUGCAGGUGGAGGGCGUCUCGGACAAGUGCUUCUUCCACAAGAGCGACUCGGACCUGAAGGUCGCGGCCGAAGGCAAAGCCAGGGAGCAGGAGGUGGGGGCCUUGCGGCAGGAGCUGGCUGCCCUGCUGUCGUCCGUGCAGCUGCUGAAGGAGGACAACCCGGGGCGGAAGAUCGCCGAGAUCCAGGGCAAACUGGCCACGUUCCAGAGCCAGAUGAUGAGGCUGGGAGACAGCAUCCAGGCCCACAGGGCCGUCCAGAACCUGAAGCUCAACGCGGAGGCCAAGCUGCGCACCGAGGAGAUGGCCGCGCUGCGGGAGAGCGUGCUGCGCCUGUGGAGCGAGGAGGGCCCCUGGGCGCUGACGCUGGGCAGCAGGCGGCUGCUCAUGUCCCUGGUGCGACAGCGGUUCUUCGUCAAGGACGUGGGCGCCGGCGAGCUGGCCCCCGUGAACCAGUGGGGCGUGUACCAGGCCGUGAGGUGGCUGCGGUGGAAGGCCGUCCUCAUGACGCUGGGGGCCCUGCGGAGGCCGGGACGAGGCCCCGAGAAGAGCCGUGGCCAGGAGCCUGCGGCCCUGCCCCCCCGAGGGCCCCUGCCCCAGAAAUAA